CUCAUCCUUGGACUAGCCAGUUAACUGAAAUUACAGGAUUUUCCCUCGAAGAGCUGGUGCCCUGUGUGCUGAGUCUCCACAAAAAGUGCUUCCAUGAAGAUGUUCCCAAAGAUUAUAGGCAGGUGUCCCUUACUGCUGUGAAGCAACGAUUUGAGGAUAAGCGCUAUGAAGAAAUUGGAAAGGAAGAGGUGAUGAGCUACAGCCAGCUCUGCUCCUUGCUAGGAGUGAAACAGGAAGACCCAGAGCCCGGAUCCUCGUACGUGAACGCCGUGGAAACCUUCCUCACUUCCCCAUCAGGCAAACGUUCUAAAAGGAGAAGAGAAGACAGCAUCCAGGAGGACAGGGGCAGCUUUGUCACCACCCCCACGGCUGAACUGUCCAACCAAGAGGAAAGCCUUCUGGAUAAUUUCUUGGACUGGAGCUUGGAUGCUUGCUCGGGAUAUGAAGGAGAUCAAGAAAGUGAAGGCGAGAAGGAUGGAGACGUUACAGCUCCCACUGGAAUUCUGGAUGGAACUCUAGCACAUCUGGAUCCCGGGAAGCCUUGCUGUUGCCAAGAAUCCAGCGAUGAAGAGAGCCUUUCCAAAGAAGGAUGUCAGUACAUCUUCAAGCAUUAUGACCAGCCCAACGAGGGCAACGAGUGCCCCACCAUCCAAACCUCUCCCCGUGAGGCCAGCUCUGGCUAUGCCUCGGUCAACAGCACCAGCCCCCCUUCUGCUACUGAUGGCCCCUUCCGCACAUUUCCCAAAGCGAGUUCUGUGCAGCCUCUGAGGCUGGCCAGGGAUAAAACCCUACCGCUGCCCUCGCGCUCAGAAUCAUGUUUACACUCUGCCGGCGGCCAGUCUGGCGGGAGACAAGCCAAACGGAAAAAUGUGACAGAAUACAUUGAAGAAGAGAAGAACAGCUUGGGCUUCUUAAGCCUCUGAUGCCCGGAGGCUGUUUCCCAGAACUUCAAGAUCCUCCAAAGCAGGAGCAAAGAUGGGAGGUGUACUGAGGUUUGGUUGCUGCAUGUCAUCACUCUCUACGCUUCCCGUGGCUGUUCCUGACUCCCCUAACACGGCUGUCAGCUUUUCCCAAGGUCACUGCCCUCGCUACAUCUCACCCCAGUAGCCAAAUCAAAGGUGAAGACGCUAAGACAUGUAACAUGGAGGUCCUACCUAAGAUGCCACAUGGAGGUCCUACCUCUCCUCCAGACCAAAUCAUAGUCUUCCUAGUAUAGGUUGGGUUUGCCUGCGUGCCAAAUAAGGUUACCGAGUAAAUCUUGCUUAACGCCCAAGGUGGUGAUUAGCUCAGUCCUAACCCCGUUCAUUUGAACAAUUCAGAAGCGAUCCUCAAUGAAUAGACCUUCCUUCUUCUUGCUGUUAAAGCAACUUCCCCAUGAAAUGAAGGCGAGGGGAUUAGGCACACAAAAAACGGAUCCUUGGCAUCUGCAAAAUGCAAGCAUCUCCUUGAUGGAUAUUCCCUGCAAAGAUUAAUAAAAGCGGGCUGAAUAUUUUCAUCCGGCCCUCAUCUUGGGAGGGUGGGGAGCAAUGUUUUCUUGGCUGCUUGGCCUGUGGUCUUAUUUUGUGGCGGAAAUACUACCUCUUUUACAUUUUUGUCACUCUCAAAUUGCCUUUCCUGAUGUGACAGUUUUCCAAAUCCUUGGGCUACCCCCGGAGGGCACCAGAUUGGGGA